UCGCGGUGCCCCCUCGGGAGUUGUAGUUUGUGUGGGGCGCCAUUACGCUUGAGGCCCGUGAGGAGGAGACGGCAGCGGCUUUGGCGGCUGGAGUGAACGUGGCUACUGGAGCUGAGAGGGCGGCCCGGUAUUGGAACUCAGGUGCCGCCAUGUCUCUAGUGGCCUAUGCUAGCAGUGAAGAGAGCAGUUCGGACAGCGAGGCGGCUCAGGAGCCCGAGGCGAACGUAGAGGGGCAUCACCAAGAGGCCGAGGCUUAUCCUGGGGCCUAUCCGUCGCAGACUCAGUCUAAGGGUGAACAGCAACAAGCCAGCCCUGGAUACUUUGGGCCUCCUCCGGGGCUCGGCUACCAGCCGCCUGGCUACUACGGGCAUGGGGGCUAUGGUGCGGGGCCUCCAAGUUACCCCCCUGCUCAGGGGUAUGGCAGCUUUAAUAACAGCCAGGGCCCUUCUGCUUAUCCCCAUAUGGGUUAUGGGCCCCAGGGCCCGAGUCAUGCCAACUUCCCACCCCCUGGCCAUAACAUGCCUCCCCCACAGCAUGGGCACCAUCACCUUCCUCCUCACCAGGGGGGCCCUGCAAUGAACAUGCCUCUUCCUAAUCAAGGAGCCCAUGGUCUAAAAUUGCCUCCACCUCAGGGUGGGCAAGGACUUAAUUUGCCUCCCCCACAGGGAAAUCGUGGACUGAACUUGCCAAUUCCUCAAGGAGGACAUGGGAUGAAAUUACCACCCCCACAGAGUGGCACAGGCAUGAAUCUACCACCCCCACAGAGUGGCACAGGCAUGAAUCUACCACCCCCACAGAGUGGCACAGGCAUGAAUCUACCACCCCCACAGAGUGGCACAGGCAUGAAUCUACCACCCCCACAGAGUGGCACAGGCAUGAAUCUACUGCCCCCACAGAGUGGCACAAGCAUGAAUCUACCACCGACACAAGGUGGCACAGGUAUGAAUCUACCGCCCCAACAAGGUAGCACCGGCAUGAAUCUGCAGAUGCCACACAGUGGCUCGGGCAUGAGUUUGCCUCCCCCCCAUGGAGGCACGGCCAUGAAUCUGCCUCCCCCACAAGGUGGCUCAGGUAUGAAUCUGCCACCGCCACAAAGUGGUUCAGGCAUAAAUAUGCCUCCCCCUCAAGGUGGCACUGGAUUAAAUCUGCCACGCCCCCAAAUGGGCGCAGGUAUGAAUCUGCCUCCACCUCAGAGCAGUCCAGGAAUGAGUUUGCCGCCACCACAGGGAGGGCGUCCUCAAAGUGGUACUGGAAUGAAUCGACCGUCACCACCAAGUACUGAAAGAAUGAGCCAGCCUCCUCCCCCAGGCACAUCUGGAAUGAGUUUACCUCCACCACAGGGUGGCUCUGGGCUCAGUUAUCCACCACCAAAUCAUGGUAUGAACCUCCCUCCAUCUCACGUUAGCUCUGGACUAAAUAUGCCUCCUCCUCAGGGUGGCCAUGGGUUAAAUAUGCCUCCUCCACAACUAAGUCCUACUUCUGCAAGUGGAAUGGACCAUCGGAUGCCCCUUCCUCCACCUGGCUACAAUGUAAACCUGCCUCCGCCAUCUAUUGAAAACGUAGCUAAUACCAAACCAAAGAAGAGAGCCGAGCCAGUGAAAAUCACUGUCCCUGAACUGCACGCAGCAGGUUCUGAUUCGGAGGAGGAUGAACCGACUGUGAAGAAAGCAGUGAUCCAGGGAUCGAGAGAAGGCUACGGCUUAUCCGCUUUGCUGCCUCAGCCGAAAAAUGCAGAUUCAAAACGACAGCUUCUUCCAUACAGCUUUACAAAGAAAGCCUCCAAUUCAGCCAGUGAUCCAAAGCACCCCAGAUCCACUUCUGUAACCAAACCGAAACGUUCUUCAAAACCUGAAGUGUCGAACACACCAUCUCCAUCGGCCAUCAAAGCUGCAGCUAAGAAUGCCGCCCUGCAGGUCACCAAGCAGAUCACACAAGAAGAAGACGAGGAGAGUGACGAGGAUCUCCAGCAGGGCAAUUUCUUCUCUCUGUCAGAUACGAAGGAGACCCCUGCUACUAUGAGCGAAAGUUAUCCAUACCCUGUCCCUGCAGUUGAUGAUGCUGCACCCCCCGGGGUUGAGCCUGUAGAGUUGCAGAAUGAUGCAGCUAAUGCACCCCUGGAUUUUAAGACAGCAGAAGGAUCAAGCGACAACAACCAAUGGGCCGUCCCCAAUGCAGAAGCUUACACUAGCCAGACGUACAGUCAGUAUCCGGAGUAUGCCGAUACCUCUGCAUCAGGUUAUUACCAGGAUUAUUACAGCAGUGGCUACUAUCAAGAAUCUGAUCCGUCUUCUACAGCUCUUAAAGAGACUGCCGCCCCAGAUUCCUUCAUGGAUGAUGAAGCAUUUAAACGUCUGCAAGGAAAGCGGAACCGAGGCAGAGAGGAAAUUAAUUUUGUCGAGAUUAAGGGGGAUGAUCAGCUAAGUGGGAACCAGCAGUGGAUGACAAAAUCAUUGACAGAAGAGAAGACUAUGAAGUCUUUCAGUAAGCGGAAAGGAGAGCAGCCAACAGGGCAGCAAAGAAGAAAGCACCAGAUCACAUACCUCAUCCAUCAGGCUAAAGAGAGGGAGCUAGAACUGAAGAACAGCUGGUCAGAGAACAAGAUGAGCCGAAGGCAGACACAAGCAAAAUAUGGUUUUUGAUUUGGCCUCUUUGAACUUGGCAAAAUGGCCGCAUGUGAGAAGUCGGAAAGCAAGACUGUACUGCUGUGAGCUAGUGCUGACAGUUUCAUGACACCUCACUCUGCUAGCUUGUCCUGUCCAAACCAUUAGAGGUUUCUCGGUUCCGACUGGAGUAGGGAAAGGGUUUAUUUGAGGAUUACUACUAUCGCUGGGAUUGUUUUGUUCAGUUAAACUCCUGCUCUGCCAGAAUCUGUGACAUGUAGCAUCUGUGUUUUUAGCGGGUAAGGGAGACAUUAAAUCGGAGGGUAUGAAACAGACUCCAAGGUGUAAUGGGAUGCUGCCCUUGAUUUGUAUUUAAAUGAACAGUAACACCAAAAAAUUAAUGUUUUAAAGUAAUGAAAAAAUCAAGUAGUGUUGCCCUGCACUGGUAAAACUGGUAUAGUUCAACAAGCUGCUGUGUAGCCGUGGCGGAAAUUGAAAAAAGUCUAUAUGGCACAGGUUAAAUAGUGGAUAACCGAUAACACCAUUAUGUUCUACAGAGCUUAUCUGCUGUGUAACCUGAGCCUUUUCUCCUUUGAAUGGCUGCCCCCAUUGCUACACAGCAGCUUAUUUAUAUAAACAAUAGUAGUGUUUCUUAAACAAACACAGCAGUUUUACCAGUGCAGAGCAACACUGCAUUAUAUUUUCAUUACUUUAAAACACUUUAAUUUUUCUAUGUUACUGUUCCUUUAAGCUACUACUGUGAUGGGUUGUUAGUGUCUCCCGAGACUGAUUCUCUUUACACAUCCGUCUGUGCAACUAAAUUUAUCUGCCACGAUAGAGGCCUGCUUCUUACUAGAUUGCUCACAAUAGGCGGAUACAAACUGAACAUAAAUUCAUUCUCCCAGUAUUUUAACCAAGCUAGUGAAAUUCACACAUUAUUAUGUAUUUUGUGGGGUUAUCUUUGUAAAUAGGGUAAACUGUACAUAUAUAUAUAUUUUUUUGAGUUUCUCCUGUAGAUUUUGUUUAAUCCAGUGGCUCAAAAGAAAAAAAAGAGGCUGUUUGAUUUAACUAUAAUAUUUGCAGUUGAGCACUAAGGGGAGUGCAGCUGAGCCCUAUUCCCAAUUGUGUUCCAUCUUGCAAAAUAUUUAUAGAAUUUGUUUUGCUCCAGUGCUCAUCAGUCUUCUAAAAGCAGAGUCGGGUGUGUGUGUGUUUAUCAGGAGGUCCAUUGCCAAAGGCGCUAUUCUCUGCAUCUGCCUGUCUAGUGCAACAUAAUGCUUCCAAAUCAGCCCUUACAACUUUACUUUAUUCAACACUGUUCCUCGCUGAUAUUUCUUAUUGGUGUUUCUGCCACCGGAGAAAGUAACAUUUUGUACACUUGGUAACCUAGUAAAGGAAACUGUUUAUUGUA